AAAUGCCCUCAAGGAGGUGAAACAGAUAAAGACCCAAAUAGAACAAACCAACGAAGAGCGCAAAUUACUGCACAGCUCCCUAGAGGAAACCAAGAAAAAAGAGAAAACAAUGACCGCACCCUGUGCAAGGAGAUCCGCCACAACUCCACGGGAUGCCUGUGGAUGAAGGAGCAGUGCGAGAAGUGCCAGGAGAUCUUGGAAGUGGACUGUUCUGCCAGCAACCCGACUCAGACGCUGCUGCGUGAGCAGCUGAAUGAGUCCCUGCAGCUGGCGAAGUUCAGCAGGCUGUACGACCAGCUGCUCCAGUCCUACCAGCAGAAGCUGCUCAACACGUUGGCCCUGCUCAAGCAGCUGAAUGAGCAGUUCACCUGGGUGUCCCAACUGGCCAACCUCACGCAGAACGAUGACCAGUACCAUCUGCAAGUCUCCAUGGUUAGCCCGUGCUGGCCACACGUGGCAGCUGCACUCAUGGUGCGGUCUGGAGGUCGCAUGGUCCUCCCCAGGGGGUGAAACGGGAUCAACAUGUUCACGGGGGCAUGUCUGCUUUGAUGGAGCACUUGUCCUACUGCAGGAAGCAAACACUCAGGCACAGUGGUGCACGGAGACCUCAUUGCCUGAUGAGGCGGAGUGUCACGAUCCUAUUUUACUGGCGAGGUUCAACACCUUACCCAGCAUCUCCUAUCUGAGGGGUGAUCACCCAGGUGUUUGAACCUGUUUGCCUGGCUACAGAGCUCUUUCUGGAGAGCUGCCCUGUCCCACGUAGGAUGCCUCAUGAACUGGCUUAUUGUUCUCCUCCAGUGAUGAGCAGCAUCUCUCUAGUACCGGGAAACAUUUCUUUUUCUCUCCCUGAUUCCCCUUCUACCACUGUCUGGCUGGCUGCUGCCCAAAGGAAGCAUGGCAGCUCGGAAACCAUGUUUUACUUGGUGGGGCUCCCCCUGGGCUGGUCCUUCGUGGAAGGCAUUUACCUCCCAAAAGUAGUGUCUCUGAGGGCAUUUCCGUUCACCAAGUUGUAUAGUUGUGGAGGUUAGGGAAAAGCAAAGGGGUCCACAGAUCCGAAUGAAGCCUUACUUUAGUUGCCAGCUGAGUCUGGGUUGACCGUCUUCCCCACCCCCUUGUUACCUUUUCUCCUUCCAAGUGAAUGCUCCAACCCCAGCGUUCCAUCUGGCCUCACCAAGGUGGCUGUGAAGCUCUUCAACUCCUUCCCCAUCACCGUGACGGUCCCGCAGGAAGUCUCCAGUCCUAACUUUAUGGAGAAUGCGGUGGAGAAAGCACUGCAGCAAUACCGCCAGAAGAGCCCGGAGGAGUGAGGCGUGAAAGUUGCUUUUCUAAGUAUGGGGGCAUCUGCACCCACUUGCCCCUGAGAUGAGCUUCAGGCCCCUCUAGAGAGUUCUGCACAUCACCAGGUGACCAGGCCUGGGCUCGAGGCCCUCCUGACCCCACCAGCCUCUCUUUCCUCUGAACUCUGAAACGCACUGAUGCCUGCGUUUGCUGAUCACCAGAGGAGCUUGCUCACAUGCCACUAACUCAAUAAACUGCCUUGUAAUCUGAA